GGCAACCCUGUUGUUGUAUUCAGAAUAUUAAUGUGGCAUUCUUGCCUAUGGACCGUACUCCAGAGUUUAGAAAUGUUUUACAAACACUUGGUUACGGUGAAAACUUCCCUAGUUGGGAACGAAGGAAGCCUAAUUGUAGUGAGUUUGUUGCUUUGGCGUUGGAAACACACCAAAAGAUAAACUCAACAAAAGAAUAUAUUUCCUCCAAACGACGAAAGUAUCUUAUGUUCACUACGGGAAACUUGGUCAUGUCUGAAAAGGAAAGAGACUCUUUUGAAGCAUAUGUUUCGAAGAACCUGAAGGAAAGUUUUUCACUUUUGAUGCAACUGAAGAAUCUAGUCACUACGGAUGAUCAUCCAAAGGAAGCAAAGGAGUCUUGCUUGCGUGCAUAUAGGCUUGGUGUUAUUUCCUCGUUGAUGGAGCUACUUCGGACCGUAGAAGAAGAUUUUUCCGCUUUACGUACUCAAAGAGUAGUGAGUAUUACAGCCUCCGUAGACCCUCGUAUAACUCAGAAGACGAAUACAAGUAAUAAUACAGAAAGACCGUUAUCAAGGAAGGCCAUUGAGAAUUCAAACUCCCGAAACAAGAUGGACGAGCUUCCACAAGGUCUAAAAAGUCAAGGACAAAAGCAACUUUUAUGGGAAGGAGAGAAUCAAACUAUGCUACUAGAACUUAUGGAAACGUUAGAGCAAGUGAAAAGCGUAGAGAGACAAGCUGUUGAGAUAGCUUCACUUAAUCAGGUUUUAUCUAUGAAGUUAUCGGAACAAGCGGAGGAGAUUGAGUCCUUAUAUCAUGAUGCCAUACAAAGCCUGGAAAAUGUUCAAAAAGGUAAUAAGGAACUGAAACGGUUAUCCAAGAAAAGCUCGUCGUGGAAUUUUUACUGGAUAUUUUGUAUACUUAUUGCAACUUUUUCGUUGCUCUUUCUUCAUUGGAUAUCUUAAGCUUUUGAAAUGGGCCGAUUUCAAUUCAUUAUCAACAAUUUUUAGUGGUAUACGUUAUUUUGAGCGGGAAGGCCGUCGUACCUAGUCGUCUUAGAAGUGUGUUGCCACUCGUUA